UUUGCUUUUUUUCUGCAGGUGGUGACCUGGAACAGACCUAAGAGUUUCAGACUCUUGGCUCCUUAGCCAUGGCUACACUCAGCGUCAAGCCGAGCCAGCGCUACCAGCUCUCGGACUGGCGCACCAACAGCUACCUGUUGUCCACCAACGCUGAGAGGCAGCGGGAUGCUUCCCACCAGAUACGCCAGGAGGCCCGGAUCCUCCGCAAUGAGACCAAUAACCAGACUGUAUGGGAUGAACAUGACAAUAGGGUUCGCCUGGCAGAGAGGAUCGAUACUGUCAACCGUUGGAAGGAGAUGCUGGACAAGUGUCUAACAGAUUUAGAUGCUGAGAUAGACUCCUUGACACAGAUGAAAGAAUCCGCAGAGCAAAACCUGCAGGCCAAGAACCUGCCUCUGGAUGUGGCCAUCGAGUGCCUGACCCUGCGGGAGAGCCGGCGAGACAUUGAUGUGGUGAAGGACUCUGUGGAGGAAGAGCUUCUUAAAGAGGUGGAAGUCAUUGAAGCCACCAAGAAGGCCUUGCAGCAGAAGAUCAGCCAGGCCUUCCAGCAGCUCUGCCUCCUGCAGGAAGUCCGGCAGCAGCUCUGCUCUGACCACCGGGACAAAAUGGAGACCCUGGAUAUCGACAGGGGCUGCCUCUCUCUCAACCUCACUUCUCCAAACAUCUCUCUGAAGGUUAACCCCACAAGAGUCCCCAAAGACUCCACCACCCUGCAGCAGUGGGAUGACUUCAGUAUGUUCAACAAGAACCACGCGGAGGAUGAAAUGAAGGCAACCAUAGAGCUGAGAGAAGCCAUCGCCCUAACUAUUGCUCAGACCAACAACGAACUUGAAGCUCAGAGGGUCGCAACAGAAUUUGCCUUCAGGAAGAGGCUUCGGGAGAUGGAGAGCCUGUACAGCGAGCUCAAGUGGCAAGAGAAAAAUACCUUAGAGGAGAUAGCCCAGCUGCAGGAAGACAUUCGGCGCCUGGAGGAGGACCUGCGCAGAAAGAUGAUGAACUUGAAGCUCGCACAUACCCGGCUGGAAUCCAGGACUUACCGGCCCAAUGUGGAACUCUGCCGGGACCAGACACAGUAUGGCCUCACUGAUGAAGUCCACCAGCUGGAGGCAACCAUCAAUGCCUUGAAGCAGAAGCUGGCCCAAACACAGGAUGCUCUCGAUGCCCUGUUCAAGCACCUGGCCCGGCUGCAGGCUGACAUUGCGUGCAAGGCCAACUCUAUGCUGUUGGACACCAAGUGUAUGGACACCCGACGCAAGCUGAUGGUGCCGGCUGAGAAAUUUGUGCCCCAGGUGGACACCUUCACGCGCACGACAAACCGUACACUGAGUCCACUCAAAACCUGCCAGCUGGAGCUAGUCUAGCCUUGGUGGCUGAGGGAGGAGGGGAGGGCGAUUGGGAAGUGAGGAGGGGGCAGUAAACCUAAUAAAGAUGGAGUUCUCA